AUGGGGCGCAGCGAUCGUUGUCGCGUUGGUGGGCUGUUUGUCGACUACGGGGUGAUAUCUCGCUCGCUUGUUGAGGCUGGGGAGGUGUGGGAGCACUCAGAAGCAGAUCAGGGUGAUUGCAGGAAAACAAACCCACUGGACACCCUGGUUGAUACCAUUACUGAGGUGGAUAUUGACCAUGUGUUUAUUGUGGGAAGUGCCUGGCUGCGCUUUAAGAUUGCACAGCGUUUGCAGCAGCGGCUUGGGGCACCGGCUGAGGUGGGACGUGCUGCACCGUCCGCUGUGGUGUGCGGCAAUGGGCUGACUGUGCACCUCUUCAUGCUGGACGCGACGGAGUGUGCUGUGCCAACCGACGACGCCUUCUUCAAGCGUCAGUGCUGGCUUCAGUACUUCUUCGGCACCCGCACCUCUGCUGUGAGGCCGGCACUGCUGACGGUGGAUGUGCCCCUCGUCCGCCUCGUUGUGCUCGGGCGGUGCGGUGCGGGCUCCACGGCGACUCUUAUGCCAAUGGCGGACUGUGACGCCGGGCCGCUGGCGACACCGUCGACGGGUCAGUGCGGUGUGCCGCUUGCGUAUGUGCUCCCCCAGGACGUCGACCUCACCGGCCGCAUAUUGGCGCUGAGUGCUGCGACGGAGCUGGAGGAGCUGCCGGACGGUACGCUGCGGCGCAUUCCGUUCGCUGUGUUCGAGUCGCGUGUGCGUCGAGGCGUUGUGAUGGGCUUCGCGCUGGUGGAGUCCGUGUCGUCGGGCCGCAUGAGUGUGCUGACCAACGCAGUGGGCGUGCGGAAGGACAUGGGGCUGUGCUUCAUGCUGACGGAGGAGCGGCUCACGGCGCACGCGCUGCCACCUGGGAGUAGGGCUGCCAUCUAG